CAGAGAUCGCCUGUACGAGGUCCUUCAUGAAGUACUUAAUCGUGGACUAUUCAGCGUCAAACCUUUUCCCAGUCGGCGUUGGUGUGGGAGACGUCAGUCGUAGCGCCUCCGGGUGCAGGUGCAGGCACAGGCUUCUGCUCUCGCCGGGCGGGGUCGUCGAUCGAUCUCGACGAACAGCGGGCACAAAUCGGAUCAUUGUACAGACCACGCCUGGCCACGAUAGUUUUAGCUUUAGGAGCAGCAGUAGCAGUAGGAAUCGUCGUAGCAAUUCGAUCGGCAGCGGUAGUCGUAGAAGAAGGAGAAGCAGCAGCAGUAGCAGCGAUCGAGAGAGAGUGCAGGCGCUGCCGAGUGCAGCGAGCGAUGAGAAGCAUCGUCGGCGCCUCAUGGCCGCGGCGCAGCAGGAGCACAAGGAGGCCUUGAUCUCGCAGAGCGAGCGGGAUCGCUGGCCCGGGGCCGGACGACGACAUGGAUGAGACGGCCGCACCACGGCUAGUGGUGCAGGCCGGGAGCGACUGCGAGGCCGAGGCGGUGGUGGUGGGGGUGGCGUUCGCGGGGGGCGGCAAGGGCAAGGGCAGGGCCGAGCAGCAGCACGCGAGGUCGCCACAGGCCGAGUUCAAGUACGGGUGCGGGGUUCGGAGGCUGGUGCGCCGGCUUGGAAACUCCGGUAAAUGGCUUGUGGACCAGUGCAUUUGCUCGUGCUUGGUGCGCGAUAAGUUGAGGGGCAUAGUUUCUGAGCUGUUCGCUGACGACAACCCGGAAACGCAACUGCAGGGGGCGAAAUCUCUGCUGAAGCUGUCGAACGCCGACGAGGAUCAGGAGGACAAAAUCGACCGCGUGCGCAUCGCCGAGUACCCGCAGGCGCUGGCCGGCCUCGUGAGGAUCCUGACGCUCAAGACCGAGAACCCGUACCUGCAGCGCCACGCCGCGCUCACGCUCUACAUCCUCGCGCUCGUGCAGGAGAAUGCGCUGCGCAUCGCCAAAUUCCCCGGGGCCCUGGCGGCUCUGGCGAAGCUGCUGUUCGUGGACGCGGGCUCGCGCGAGCGCGAGGAGAGCGUCAAGCUGCAGGCCGACGCGCUGUCGGCGCUGGCCGUGAUCGCCGUGGUGCCCGAGGCCGGGCGCAUGAUCAUGGAGACGCGCGACGCGCUCCGAGGGCUGAUCGGGCUGCUGGCUGACUACGAGCGCCCGGACGUGGUGGACGAAGUGUGCAAGACCUUCUCGCGCCUGUCGGACGGACAGCAGAACGCCGAGAUGCUGGCGGCGUCGAGCCAGUUCCCAGCGGCGCUGGAGGGCCUGGUGAAUCUGAUCGGCGUGAGCCGCAGCCGCCAGAACCACGAGCUGCUCAAGUCGGCCAUCCUGAGCCUGUACAACCUAUCGGCGACCGAGGAGAUCCAGGUGAAGAUCGCCAACUUCCCGAAAGUGCUGGACGAGCUGGUCAUGUGCCUGUGGAGCGACUUCGAUAACCUGCUGGUAGAGCACGCGGCCAGCACCGUGGGCAAGCUCACCAUGCCACAGGAGAAGCGCGCGCUCAUGAACUGCCCCGAGGUGCUGCCGGCGCUGGUCGACAUCCUCUUCAAGGACUCGAACCCCGACGCGCAGGAGGAGGCCGUCUGGGCGCUGGCCAACCUGUCGCACGACGAGCAGGCCAACCGCAAGAUCGCGGAGCUGCCCGGCGCCGUGGCCGGCCUCGUGCGCCUGCUGGCCAAGGCCGACAGCCCAAGCCGCCAGGAGCAGGCCGCGCGCGCACUCGCCAACCUCACCUGCCUGCCCGAGAACGACCGCUACAUUCUGCUCCCCGACGGCACCAGCACCGACGUGCUCACCAGCAUCGUCGCGCUGCUCACGCGCCACAAGGGUGGCCACUCGGGCAUGCAGAUGUGGGCGCUCAAGGGCCUGCAGAACCUCGCCGCCACCUUCCACCAGGACGCCUGGACUGCUCGCGCGGCCGCUUGCGCCGCACUGCUCGCCCAGCUGCUGGCCGGUCCUGCGGCGUCCGAGGUCCUGGAGGCGGCUGCACGAGGCCUCGGCAACCUCGCCAUCCCUCGCGCCAACAAGCUCCCGGUGGCCGAGUGCGAGCCGGCGCUUGGCGCCCUGCUCGAGCUCCUGCACCGAGCCGAGCUGCCGGGCGCGCAGCGCGAGGCGGCCUGGGCGCUAAAGAACCUCUUCCGCGAGGGCGACGAGGGCGACGGGGCGCCGACUGUGGCCGCGCUCAAGGGCCCGCGCGCCGUCCCGUUCCUCAUGGUCCUGCUGGCGGACGACGUCGAGGCGGCCGUGCUGGAGGAGGCCACGGCGGCGCUCGCCUACCUGGCGCGCCACUCAGGCAACCGCGCCGACAUCGUGGAGUUCCCCGGCGCUCUGAAGCGCCUGGUGGCCGUGCUGGCCAAGGCCGACAACCCGGCCACGCAGGCUGAGGCGCUGAAGAUACUGCGCCAGCUCACCCGCACGCCCGAGUACCGGGCGCGCGUGGCCGACUUCCCGGACUUACUGGUGCGCGUAAUGGGCUUCCUCUGCAAAAGCGGCAGCCCCAAGCUCGUGGACCUGCAGCGUGGCGCCACCGCCGUCCUCUGCAACCUGGCGCUGGAGCCGGACCUGGCGCAGCGCAUCGUGCAGUUCCCCGACGCCGUCGACGGCAUCGGCGACCUGCUGUACCACUACGACGACCUGCAGGCGCUGGAGUCGGCGGCGCGCUUCUUCCAGAACGUGGCCUCGGCGCCCGACGUGGCGCUCCACCCUCUGCGCCUGGCCGAGUUCCCCCGCGUGCUGGCCGGCCUGGAGCUGCUGCUUUGCGCCGACGAUGCGCCCGUGCUCACGCAGUCGCUGCUGGCGCUGCUGAACCUCACCUUCGCCGAGGCCAACCAGCGCACGGUGUCGGCCUCCAAGGCCGCGCUGCUGCACCUGAACCGCCUGCUGACCAAGGACGAGACGCCCGACGCGCAGCUGCUGGCGGCCAUGGUGCUGCAGAACCUGUCGGCGGCCGAGAGCAAUGUGCCCAACAUCCUGGCGCAAUGCUACUACGUGUUCGAGGGCCUGCUGGGCCUGCUCGCGGGCGGCGCAGGCGGGGCGCUGGUGCAGGAGGUUGCGCUAAGCACGCUGGCGAAUUUGGCAAAGCUGCCCGAGUACCAGCUGAAGAUCGCCGAGUUCUCGAACGCGUUCGAGAGUGUGGGCAAGCUGUGCGCGAGUGAGAACGAGGUGGUGGUGGAGCAGGCGGCGAAUCUGCUCGGGUCGUUGGCCUCGGCCGAAGAGAACCGGCUGCUGAUGAUCGAGGUGCCCGAGAUCGUCCGCGGGCUCGAGUGGCUGCUCUCGGGGCGCGACUCGGGCGCCCCGGGCAGCGCCGAGGCCCAGGCAGCGCGCGAGAAGCAGCGCGUGGCCGCGGCGGUGGCGGACCUGGAGCGCCUGGGCGCCGGGUCGCUGCGGGCCGAGGCCAUCGAGCAGAUGCUGCGCGUGCCGUCGGGCAACGCCGAGAUGAACGCCAUCAAGGCCCUGGCCUACAUCGACCCGGCCCGGGCCGUGGAGGUGGCGCUGCACUCGGGCGAGGCCUUCGCCACGCGCGGCAUCGUCCUGCUCGAGAUGGAGAUGUUCGAGGACGCCGUGGCCGACCUCGAGGACGCCAUGUGCCUGCUGCCGGGCCAAUACGACGCCGAUUUCACGAGUAUGUGUCGGUGGGCGAAAUGGAAACUUCAAGAUUACGAAGGUGCUAUCGCCGAAGCUGACAGGGCCGUAGAUCUGAACCCGCAAGCGGCGUGGCAAUGGCAGGAGAGGGGCGUGCUCAAGCGCCAUGCGGGCGAUCUGGAGGGAGCUUUGGUCGAUCUGAACCGAGCCCUGGAGCUGGAGGCGGACGACUACGAGGUUCUGAAGCAGCGGGGGUAUGUGAAAUUUCUCAUGGAGGACGACGAUGGAGCUCGAGAAGACGCGGAACGGGCAACGAGGAUAAGAGCCACUACUGUAGUGCACGUGCCCGAGGAAGGGGAGCUAGUACCCUGCUUGGGCAUCCUACCUGUAGAAUACCUGGAUUACAAACUUUAGCUGUAGAUAAACUUUCUUAUCAAAUGCAAACAAUUGCGUUCGAUUCGCUCCAGUUUCAUCUUCAUGUUCAUCUUCUCCUUCUCCUCCACCUUCACCAUCACCAGCAAGGACCCCGAGCCGUGAGUCUCCAGCUAAGGAUCCCUUCCCAGUAUGUUGCACCCGUGUUGACGUUGAUGAUCAUGAUCGCGCUGGACCUUGCAUUGUGUCCGUGCGCCAGCUGUUGUCUGUCACCAGUGCUCGAGCACUUUGCUGAAUUCUUCUGCUUCUCACCGAGCAGAGUUCCGU